AUGGCAGCCAAUUCGAGUAGCCGAUCGAUUUCUGGCUUCGGGAAGCGAGUUUUCAACCAGAUCUGGAACUCCAACUCUGUAGCUUCUCCUCUUACAAUCGCAUCUAGGAGGGCAGCAUACAGCUCAUUGUACGACAAGAACGCUGAUGAUCAUAACCACUCCGGGCCAGUCCCUGAUGAUGUGAUCCAGGCAACUGAAUCCACCAAAUACUGGGCCCCACACCCACAGACUGGGGUAUUUGGGCCCCCAGGCGAGCAAGCCACUGCUGGCUUCCAUUCAGCCUCCACCGCGGAUGCAACUGCUGCUGUUGCUGCAGGCUCAGUGCUUGAGGAAAAGGCUUGGUUUCGCCCCAUCAGCAUUGAGGACUUGGAAAAGCCCCACUCUCAUCCUUAA